AUGUUUAAUCUGAUUAAAAAAGACAAAGAGAAGGAGAAGGACGUUAACAAGAAGGAAAAGAAAGACAAGAAAGAGCGGAUGUCCCAGGCGGAAUUAAAGAGUCUGGAGGAGAUGAGCAUCCGCAGAGGCUUCUUCCAUCUCAAUCGAGGCAGCUCCAAGAAGGACUCAAGGAGCAAGUUGGAGAUCUCCGGUCCUAUCCCUAUCAAGGUGGCUAGCAACCUGGAUCUCAGCUUGUCGGACUUGGAUGCUGAGCACACUACCUCAGGGACGGAUGUGGGAUCAGUUGAGGAUACCAAGAGAAUCGACCAGGACCAAAUACGCAGCUCUGUCAAGGAGAGAGCGGCUAAGUUUGGAGAAUUAGUCAAGUCGAAUUCUGCAGUAGUACCGAGGUAUCCGUCUACCUCCUACAAGAACAAUGCAUAUGAUGUUCCAAAAGUUUCCAAUCAGAAAUCGAGUCCGUAUUUUCGCCAAGAAAGCAAAAUUCGGAUUCACGUACCUGAACUAGUAGAAAAAACAUUCCCGGGUGUGGACUUACAGUUACCCGAACUCGUGGCUCCCCCUGUGCCAGAUCCCCGCGAACUGAAGUUGAAGAGACGCAACACGGGCGAUUUUGGCUUUUCUUUGAGGAGGACCACCAUGCUGGACAGGCAGCCCGAUGGAGACGUGUACCGCAGAGUUGUGCACUUUGCAGAACCAGGCGCCGCUAGCAAGGACUGCGCUCUGGGCCUGGUGCCGGGAGACAGACUGGUGGAGAUCAACGGAAUCAAGGUUGACAACAAGAGCAGAGAUGAGAUCGUGGAGAUGAUCCGUCAGUCUGGAGAGUCGGUCUUGUUGAAGGUGCAGCCCAUUUUGGAGUUGAGCGAAUUGAACCGGAGCUGGCUGAGGACAUCGCGAGGCCCCUACAAGGAGAGCUUCAGUGUAAAGGAAUCUAUGUGUCCCCCUGCUGAAGCCAGUACACGUCCAGGCCCGUCUGCGCUGUCUGAGGCCUUCAGAAAGAAGAUUGUCCGAGAGAUCAUUCCCACUGAGGAAGAUUUCAUGCGUGUGAAAAGGAUCUUCACCAUCCCUAACAAUGAUCCCAAGCCUUCUGAGGACCCAGUGGCCAUUCUUCAAGCUUCGCACUUAGCAGCAAAGGUAACAAAGAAUGAAGAAAAUGUUGCAUCAGAGAGAGCCUGGUACCACACGGAAAAAGUCUGGCUUGUACACAAAGACGGCUUUUCUUUGGCAACUCUCCUGAAGACAGAAGCGGGCAUUCUGCCUGAGGGGAAAGUCAAAAUACGCCUGGACAGCGAUGGAUCUUUAUUAGAUGUCGACGAAGAUGACGUCGAGAAGGCAAACCCACCGUUUUUGGAGCGAGUGGAGGACCUGGCGUCCCUUCAGUACUUGAACGAGUCCAGUGUGAUGCACUCCCUACGGCAGCGCUAUGGCAGCAACCUGGUGCACACCCAUGCUGGGCCCAACAUGGUUAUCAUUAACCCCAUUAGUGCUCCUUCCAUGUACUCCGAGAAGGUGAUGCAAAUGUUUAAAGGCUGUCGAAGAGAAGACGCAGCCCCUCAUAUUUACAGCAUGGCCCAGUCUGCCUAUAGGAAGCUCUUGACCACUCGCCAGGAUCAGUCCAUCGUCUUACUGGGCAAAAGCGGCAGCGGCAAGACUACAAACUGUCAACACAUCAUUCAGUACCUGGUCACUAUUGCGGGCAGCACCAACAAAACUUUCUCCAUGGAGAAAUGGCAGGCGGUGUACACCGUUUUGGAAGCAUUUGGCAAUGCGUCCAGUUGUAUGAACGGGAAUGCCAGUCGUUUCUCCCAUAUUGUUUCUCUGGAUUUUGACCAGACGGGCCUAUUGACCUCAGCCUCCAUUCAGACAAUGCUCCUGGAGAAGAUGAGGGUGACAAGAAGACCUGAGGGCGAGUCCACUUUUCACGUGUUUUACUACCUACUGGCCGGAGUCGACAGCUCCCUUAGAACGGAGCUUCACCUCAACCACUUUGCUGAAAAUAAUGCUUUUGGGAUCACGCCUCAGACAAAGCUGGAGGACAAGCAACGGGCAUCCCAGUACUUUUCCAAGCUGCAAGCAGCCAUGAGGGUUCUGGGGGUCAGUUCUGACGAACAAAGAGCUUUAUGGCUCGUCCUGGGGGCCAUCUACCAUCUGGGAGCUGCCGGGGCGACCAAAGCCGGUAGGAAACAAUUUGCACGUCACGAGUGGGCCCAGAAGGCAGCCUACCUGCUGGGCUGUACCCUGGAGGAGCUCUCCUCCUCCAUCUUCAAGCACCAGGCCAAGGGCACCCUGCCCAGAAGCGGCAGCCUCCGCCAAACUUCCGAGGAAAACGGCACAGCAGAAGCAGGAUCCAAGGCGUCGGCCAUGGAGUGUCUGGAGGCCGCGGCCGCCGGGCUCUACUCUGAACUCUUCACUAUCCUCAUCUGUUUAAUCAACCGGGCCUUGAAAUCUGGCCAGCUUCCCUUGUGCUCUCUACUCAUCGUGGACACGCCGGGAUUUCAAAACCCCAGGCUAGCGAAGCAGGAUCGCGGCGCGACCUUCGAUGACCUUUGCCACAACUACACCCAGGAACGUUUGCAGACGCUUUUCUACCAGCGCACCUUCGUUCAGGAGCUGGAGCGAUACAAGGAGGAGAACAUUGAGAUUUCCCUGGAUGAAUCGGAACCGAGCACAUCUUUUUCUGUUGCGGUGGUGGACCAAGCGUCAAGCCAAGCGCUAGUGCGCAGUUGCCGAACAGAUGAGGCCCGCGGGCUCCUGUGGCUGAUGGAGGAGGAGGUUCUGCAGCCCGGGGCGUCAGAAGAAUCUCUGCUGGCUCGUCUUUUUAGCUACUACGGCCCCGCCGAAGGCGAGAUCAAAGGUCAGACGUUCCUCCUGAAGAGCGAAAAGGAUAACCACUUCCUGCUGGGCCACAGUCACGGCACCGACUGGGUGGAGUACGACGCCCGCGGGUGGCUGAACUACGCCAAGCAAAAUCCGGCCUCAAUUAACGCCACCGGCCUCCUUCAGGAAUCCCAGAAGAAGAUCAUCAGCGCUUUGUUCAUGAGCCGAGCAGGUGGAGCCACCGUUCUGUCAGGUUCCAUCGCAGGUCUUGAGGGUGUUUCCCAGCUGUCUUUGCGGCGGGUGUCUAGCGUGAGGAAGACCUUUGCUUCGGGAGUGGCUGCUUAUAAGAAGAAGUCUGUGUGCAUACAAAUCAAGCUUCAAGUGGAUGCUCUGCUGGACAUGGUGCGGCGGUCCAGAAUUCACUUUGUUCACUGCAUAUUGCCUAAGGCGGAUGCUCUCAAGGCUCUCACUGGAUCCUUCUUCAAAGGCGUCGAAAGUGAGACUCAAGGGGAGGGUGGAGAUUCGGGUUUAAUGCAGCUGGACGUGGCCUUGCUCCGCGCUCAACUGCGUGGAUCCAAGCUCCUGCACGCUCUCCGGAUCUAUAGACAAGGUUACCCCGACCACAUGGUGUUCUCGGAGUUCCGCCGACGUUUUGACGUGCUGGCGCCUCACCUCACCAAGAAGCACGGGCGGAAUUACAUCGUGAAGGACGAGCAGAGAGCUGUGGAGGAGCUGCUGGAGUCUUUGGAUUUGGAGAAGAGCAGUUACCACAUGGGUGUGAGCCGGUUAUUCUUCAAAGCUGGAACCUUGGCUAAAUUGGAGGAACAAAGGGACGAGCAAACCAAACGUAAUUUAAUCCUCUUCCAAGCUGCUUGUCGAGGUUAUCUGGCACGACAAGCCUUUAAAAAGAGAAAGAUUCAGGAUCUAGCAAUUCGUUGCAUCCAGAAGAAUAUCCAGAAAAACCGCGGCGUGAAGGACUGGCCAUGGUGGAACCUUUUCACGACAGUCCAACCACUCAUUAAGGUCCAACUCACCGAGGACCAGAUGCGGUGCAAAGAUGAGGAGAUCCAGAUGCAAAAAUCAAAGUUGGAGAAAGUGGAAAAAGAGCGCAACGAGCUGAGAUUGAACACAGAUCGACUGGAAAGCAGGAUUGCAGACUUGUUGGCAGAACUGGCUGAUGAGAGGAGCACGAGUGAGUCAGCAUCCCAGCUGCUGGAGAACGAGACGGCCGAGAGACUUCGCUUGGAAAAAGACAUGAAGGAUCUGCAGGCAAAGUUUGAUGCCGUGAAGAAACAAAUGGAAGCGCAGGAGAUGGAGGUGAUGGAAGCUCGGCUCAUGAAAACAUCAGAGCUCAACGGGGAGCUCGACGACGAUGAUGAUGAUGCCGGGGGCGAGUGGCGCAUAAAAUACAACAGAGCCAUUCGGGAAACGGAGUUCACCAAAAAGAAACUUCAGCAAGAGUUUGACGACAAGCUGGAAACGGAGCAGCAGACCAAACGACAUCUUGAGAGAAGGCUGGCCGAUUUGAAGACGGACAAUGAGGAUGCGCAGCACUCUGUGCAGCAGCUGAAAAAGAAGUGCCAUAAAAUGACGGCGGAGCUGCAGGAUACUCAACGUCAUCUGGAAGGGCUCCAGAGCCGCAACCACGAUUUGGAAAAGAAACAGAGGAAAUUUGAUCAUGAGCAGAACCAGGCCCAGGCUGAGGUACAGAGAGAGAGGAGUCUUAGGGAGAAGCUGGCUCGUGAAAAAGACACCAUGGUGGCUGAGAUAUUCAACAUUCGCCAGCAGCUCCAGGAAAAGGACGCCGACUUGUGCGCCGCCAACAUGAAGGCGCAGCAGCUGGAAGCCGAAUUGCAGGAUCUCUCUUCGCAGGAAUCCAAGGAUGAAGCGUCUCUGGCUAAGGUCAAGAAGCAGCUUCGUGACCUGGAGGCGAAGGUGAAAGACCAAGAGGAAGAACUGGAUGAGCAGGCCGGGACCAUCCAGAUGCUGGAGCAGGCGAAAUUACGGCUGGAGAUGGAGAUGGAAAGGCAGCGUCAAGGCCACACCAAAGAUAUUGAGAGCAAGGAUGAAGAGGUGGACGAGAUCAGGCGAUCCUGCAGUAAGAAGCUGAAACAGAUGGAGGUGCAGCUGGAGGAAGAAUACGACGAUAAGCAAAAAGUCUUGCGCGAGAGACGAGAGCUGGAGUCCAAACUGCUGAGCGCACAGGACCAGGUGAGCCGCAGGGACGUGGAGAGCGAGAAGAGGCUGAGAAAAGACCUGAAGAGAACCAAAGUCCUGCUAGCUGAUGCUCAGAUUAUGCUGGACCACCUGAAGAGUAACGCACCAAGCAAAAGGGAGAUUGCCCAGUUCAAAAACCAACUGGAGGAGUCAGAGUUUACUUGCGCGGCGGCAGUGAAAGCCCGAAAAAGCAUGGAGUUAGAGAUAGAGGACUUGCAUAUCCAAAUGGAGGAUGUGCUGAAAGCCAAAUUGUCGCUGGAGGAGCAGCUGAGCCGCCUUCAAAGAGAGAAGAACGACAUGCAGACCCGCACGGAGGAAGACCAGGAGGAUAUGAAUGAGCUGAUGAAAAAACACAAGGCCGCCGUCGCCCAGUCUGCCAGAGAUUUAGGCCAGAUCAGUGACCUACAGGCGCAGCUGGAGGAGGCCACGAAGGAGAAGCAGGAGAUUCAAGAAAAGCUUCAUUCGCUGCAGAGUCAGCUGGAGUUUCAGGAACAAUCCAUGGUUGAAAAGUCUCUGGUGAGCCGUCAAGAGGCGAAGAUUCGUGAGCUGGAAACCAAACUGGAGUACGAGAGGACGCAGAUCAAACGUUUGGAGAGUUUGGUGGGUCGUCUGAAGGAAAACCUUGAGAAGAUGUCUGAGGAGAAAAACCAGCAUAUUGCUGCAGAGGAUAGAGAGAAGGAGCAGAAUAAACGAAUGCAAAGACAGAUAAGGGACAUGAAAGAAGAAAUGGCCGACGUGUCCAAGAAGGAGGCCGAGGCCAGCCGGAAGAAGCACGAGCUGGAAAUGGACAUUGAGAGCUUAGAGGCGGCCAAUCAGAGUUUACAAGUGGAUCUGAAGCUGGCCUUCAAGAGGAUAGCUGACCUGCAGGCUGCCAUUGAGGAUGAAAUGGAGAGUGAUGACAAUGAUGACCUAAUCAACAGUUUGCAAGACAUGGUGACAAAGUAUCAGAAAAGAAAGAACAAAACCGGGCAAGAGACGGACACCGAUUCGGAGGUGGAGGAUCGCGUGUACGGGGUUAAGUCUUGGCUCUCCAAGAACAAAGCCUCCUCCAAGCCACAGUCGGACGAAGGAAGUCUGAAGAGUGCCAGAUAUGCAGCAAACGCGGACGCCAAAGACGUGAAAGAAGGUAAGGAGAAGACAAGUGAUGGAAGUCAAGAUGGCAAAGACGUAGAACAGAACAGAUCGGUAUCUGUCAUGAGUUCACUGAGCUACCGGAAGCGUUCCAACCUUAAGGACUCAAUCGGAGGCACGGGCGAUGAAAGCUCCCUCUUCAGUACUCUAAAAGAACAGCCCGAUACCCCUGACCACACCUCAAUCCGCAAAGCCAAAUCAAGAUCUGGUGAUCUCCAGGAGGAUUGGAAGAAGAGCCAAACCCAGGAAGACUUUGAUGACUCAGUCUCUUCCACGGGGAGGGCGAGGAAGUCGCGCUGGACUUCUCGAAGCAGCCCCGAAUUCGAUAAGGAUUCCACUAUCUCCUCUCUGGCCCCUAGCAGGACCUCCACCAGGAGGGCCAUGCCGGACGACGACGAUGUCAAGUCUACCGUCAGUAGCGUGAGUCGUUCCAGCCCGCGAUCGCUCCGCCGUAGCAGCUCCUGGAAAGAAGACGGUCGCAGCAAUUCUCGCCUAUCCCUCGCUCGUAGUUGCGGCCUUAGCGAGUUUGGCGUGCGCUUAGACGACGACGACGAUGGCCAGAGUCUCGCUUUCACCGGAGGAACUUCCCCUUACAGUCCGCGCUCCUACGCACGUAGCCUCUCCACCCCGGCCCGAGCUCGUUCCUCCGAGGGCGACGCGCCGGAUACGUCCGAUAUCAAGCCGGUCACCCAUCGAAAUUAUUUGGAUCCCGAGUUAGAGGCCGCCAUCGACGAGGUGCUCAGCUUCAAACCGAUCAAGUUCAAGCGUAGCAAGCUGGACGAGUCCAGCGACGAAGACGCGGACGAGAAGAAGGAAGGACGGAAGACGGGUGAUGACGAAGGGCUCGGGUGCAGUAAAUCCAGUUUGUUUCGCUCUGCGUCAGGUUCUGCUCUGAAUUACGGCGGUCGGUCGUCUAGCUGUCGCGGACGCAAAGACAAAAAAAGCAAAAGCACCGAGUCGGAAGACUCUUCUUCAGACGAUCGUCACGGCAGGAGCGGCUCCAGGCGAAAGAAGGGCAAAAAGUCCAAGAAGAGAUCCAAGAAAAAGGAAAGCGAAUCCGAAGAUUCCUCGUCGUCAUCGGAAUCGUCCUCGUCGGACUCCACCGUCUCUUACCGCAGCUCCAACAGUGUUAAAAAGAGCCCCAAGGUGCCGUCCGAUGAUGAGCGAGAAAGCGUGAGCGGGGGUGGAACACCUAGGAAGAAAGAUAGCAAACGGAAACAGAAGAAGAUGGAUAACUUGAUGAUGAAGUACCUCUACAGGCCAGACAGUGACUGA